AUGGUCUCUUCCAAGUUCGACGUAGUGGUUGUGGGCAGUGUGGUGCAAGAUCUCACCUCAUAUGCCGAACGAUUUCCAGCCCCUGGUGAAUCGAUAAGAGGAACUGAAUUUCUUCUUGGGUUUGGAGGCAAGGGUGCAAACCAGGCUGUUCAGGCUUCGCUCCUUGGAGCUAAAUCUGCUAUUGUAGCCAAGGUUGGAGCUGACAGUUUUGGAAAGAAUGCGGUCGAGAACUUCACGCGCAUGGGUGUCAAUUGCGGGCAAAACUCAAUCGUCGUCUGUCUUGGAGCAAACCUGUGCCUUUCGGUGGACGAUGUCAGGAAAGCUGAAUCGUACAUUGAGAAUUCCAAAGUAUUACUCUGUCAGUUGGAGGUAAAGCCAGAAGUAUCUCUUGAAGCACUCAAAAUUGCCAAGAAGCACGGAAUUAUGACAAUUUUUAACCCGGCUCCAGCUUUGCCAGGACUGUCUGAGGAACUGUGGAAGUACAGCGAUAUCGUGUGUCCAAACGAAAAUGAGGCUGAAAUCAUUACAGGCGUAAACUCCACGACCGACGAAAACGCAAAGGCCUCGUUAGGGUACUUUUUAGACAGAGGAUGCGAAGUAGCCGUCAUAACGCUGGGUGAACGUGGCUGCGUGUUCGCCACGACUUCUGACCGCGAGGUGCAUUGCGUACCUGCACCAGCGGUGAAAUGCAUUGAUUCGACGGGUGCUGGAGACGCCUUUGCGGGUAGCCUAGCUUUCUACGCUGCCUGUCACGGACAUCUACCAAUCGAAGAAAUUCUGCGCCGAGCGAUCCAAAUCGCGUCCUUUGCUGUUCAGUACCAAGGCACCCAGUCAUCUUACCUUCCAAAAGCGAAGAUCCCAAGAGAGUUGUUUGAAUAA